GCAGCGGCACACCGGGCUGGACUCCGGGCAGAGGGCACACCGGGCUGGACUCCGGGCAGAGGCACCAGGCGAAGCAGCAGGCAGCGGGGCCACCAGGCGGGAGCAGCAGGCACCGGCCCCCGGGCGGCAGGAGCAGCAGGCACCGGGCCCCCGGGUCUUGGGCCCGGGCGGGGCGCCGGGCCCCCAGGAGGGGCGACAGGCAUCGGGCCCCCAGGCGGAACGACAGGCAUCGUGCCCCCCCAGGCGGGGCGACAGGCAUCGUGCCCCCAGGCGGGGAGGGGGCGACAGGCAUCCGUGCCCCCAGGCGGAGCGACAGGUCUCGGGCCCUCAGGGCGGAGCGAGCGGCGGGCGCCGGACCCCCAGAUGGAGCGACAGGUCUCGGGCCCUCAGGCGGAGCGGCGGGCGCCGGACCCCCAGGCGGAGCGACAGGUCUCGGGCCCUCAGGCGUCUACAGCGGCGGGCGCCGGACCCCCAGGAGGAGCGACAGGUCUCGGGCCCUCAGGCAGAGCGGCGGGCGCCGGACCC